AGCAGCCAUGGGUCCUGGCAGGGGUUCUUCUUGGGACACUGGGGUCAGAUGUCCCUCCAGGAUGGGCACAGGCACGUGGGCUGCUAUUCCCAGGCUCCGAGCGCCGCUGUCUAUUUAUAGUGCUGGGGGAGGGGGCUCCCCACACAGGCGGCAGGGAAGCUGCCUUACUGCAAUGUCACCAUUGGCUCCGCUGCUGCAGACUGCCGGCACCUGCCUCCACCGCAGAGCACAGAGGGCCCUCAACCGGGCGGAGACACAGGACUGCUGGGCACUGUGUGAGGGUAGGAGGCAGUCAGCCAGAUGAGCGGCACCAUGGAGCCCCCUGGGGGUGCAUACCUACACCUGGGUGCCGUGACAUCCCCAGUGGGCACCGCCCGUGUGCUGCAGCUGGUCUUCGGCUGCACCACCUUCAGCCUGGUUGCCCACCGAGGCGGGUUCGCUGGCGUCCAAGGUACCUUCUGCAUGGCUGCCUGGGGCUUCUGCUUCGCCCUGUCUGUCCUAGUGGUAGCCUGUGAGUUCACAAAGCUCCAUGGUUGCCUGCGCCUCUCCUGGGGCAACUUCACUGCGGCCUUUGCCAUGCUGGCCACGCUACUGUGUGCCACAGCCGCUGUCAUCUACCCGCUCUACUUCACCCAGCUCCAGUGCCUGCCCGAGCCUGCCGGCUGCACGGCCCGGAACUUUCGCCUGUCGGCCAGUGUCUUCGCUGGGCUCCUCUUCCUGUCCUACGCCUCUGAAGUGGCCCUGACGAGGGCGCGGCCUGGCCAGGUAGCUAGCUACAUGGCCACAGUGUCAGGGCUUCUCAAGAUUGUCCAGGCCUUUGUGGCCUGUAUUAUCUUUGGGGCACUUGUCCACGACAGCAACUAUGGGCGCUACGCAGCCAUGCAAUGGUGCGUGGCUGUCUACAGUUUGUGCUUCUUGGUCACAGUGGCUGUGGUGGCCCUGAGUGUGAUGGGCCACAUGGGGGCCCUGGGCUGUCCCUUCGACCGCCUAGUGGUGGUGUAUACCUUUCUGGCUGUGCUCCUGUACCUCAGUGCUGCCGUGAUCUGGCCUGUCUUCUGCUUCGAUCCCAAAUAUGGGGAGCCCAGGCGGCCCCCUAACUGCCCCCAGGGCAGCUGCUCCUGGGACAGCCAGCUGGUGAUAGCCAUUUUCACAUAUGUCAACCUGCUCCUCUACAUUGUCGACCUGGCCUACUCGCAGAGGAUCCGCUUUGUGCCCACCCUGUAGCCUGGCAAGUGGCUGCCUGCAAUCACCAGUUGUGGCCCCAGGCACAGGAGGAUGACCAAGGUGAACUGGAACAUCAGGGGCCAGCAGCAAGGAGACUGAGGGCUCAGGGCAGACAUGGCAGAAGAUGCUCCUGGCUCUCAUUUUUCUCAUCUCUGUCUCCGUCUCCAUCUUUAAUCUUUUUCUCUCAUUUUCAGCCCUCCCUAGGCUCAGUGCAGGUGGGGAAACCCUCUGGAACACCUGCUGCUGUGACCCACUUUGUAACUGGGGACACUGGGACUAAAAGACUUUGGAGAUGGCUCAGUAUGCUCAUCAGUGUCUGGAGAUGGUGCUUAGACUGGAUAUGAAUCAGGCAGAGCCCUGGAGCCAGCCAGGGAGGUUAGGAGAGGGGCUAGAGGCUCCUCGUCUGAAGGGGCAGUUCCAGAACCCUGCUCACAGAGAAGAACCCUGGAAAUCAGAAUCAGCACCACCUUCAGCCUGGUUGCCCACUAGCCUGAAUGAGGCCCUGCCUCCACGGGGCCUCCCAGUGGCCACAGCCAAGGACUGAGGUUGGAGGUGGUGAUGUGAGCCUUCCAGGGCCCACUGACACCAGUAGUAUUACCAGUGUGUGGAGGAGAUGGAUCCCUACCCAGCAACAGAGCCUCACCUGACACCCAUGAUGGGUCAUAAUUCAGCAGCUGUGGUAGUGCCCACUGCAGGUUCCCAGAGGCUAGGUUGAAAGGUGAUCUGGGGGCUGGGGAUUUAGCUCAGCGGCAUAAGCACCUGCCUUGCAAGCAGGCGGUUGUCAGUUCGAUCCCUGGUACCGAUAAAAAUGAAAAAGACAAAAAAAAAAAAGAAAGGUGAUCUGAACAGAUGGUGAGGGCCCCACCUGGGGCAGCCCCUAGGACUCCUCUAAGCAUCCAGUUGUCCAUCUGUCCUAACUGCCAAGGCUGAUGCUGGUACCAUCAUCCUCCAUGCUCCAGUUAGCUUCCCCUGUAUGUGACCCCAGAGUGGACCAGCCUGGGGUGGAUCCAAACACCACUGGCUGUCUCCCAAGGUCCAUGAGCAGCAAAUAAAUGCAGGUGUUCAUUUGCA